AUGAAACGCAGAGUCAACGAGGACCGUACCGAUGCAGAGAAGAGCGCCACGAAAAAGCAGAGAAACUUCAAGGCGAAAGGAAAAGAGAAGGAGCAGGAUCUUUUCAAGGCUCUCAAUGUUGUACUCGCUUUUGUCUCCUCGCGAAAGCAUCUAGCGACUACGUUCCCCAUGGUCAGGUCCUCUGUAGAAGGCAUUUUGAAGCGACCGUUGGAGCUCGCGCAGGUCGCAGAGCUCAAGGCUUUGCUCCCAGACCUGAUCAAUUUCGCGUACAUAGCGUGUGACCAGUUGCGUAUACAAGCAGAAUCGUCGUCUCAGGUUCAAUGUCGUGGUCGAAAAAGUCCAGACUUCUCCCUCCACUCGCUCGAGAAGUCCGGCUCUCAGCUUCCUUGGAUCGAGGAGGGCGAGCACGUCCUUGUUCUAGAGUUUGCAGACAACUUUAGAGGGAAGAAGCAGCGUACUGGGUAUGGAAUCACUCUGCAACGCUCGGCACACGACUCACCCGCACAAAGUUCUUUGCUAUCGCUUCCACCUGCCAUGUCAACAACCCAGUCCAAGAAAUUGAUCGAGAGCCGCGACGAAAGGUUCAAAUUGGCCGUGAAUGAGUUAUUGUCUACGGUGCCGGAUGGAGAGGAUCCUGUAGAAGUCCCGAGUCCCGAUAACCGUCCAUCGGUGGGCGAGGUGAUCCAGGAAAUCCAAGAACAAGAUUGGUAUACCAAGCAGAUCAUGGACCGUAGGACUUUCCCGGCAAGAACAGCUAGAGAAGGUUUUCUCAGUCAACCCCUCUCUCCAUCGAUACAACAAGCCCUUCGUGAUUCGAGGAAAAUCACCUCAUUCUAUACACACCAAACUGCGGCCAUUAAUGCCAUUUGCGACAAGAAGCAUGUAAUUGUAUCGACAAGCACUGCCUCGGGCAAGAGUGUGAUUUAUCAAGUUCCGAUCCUGCGAUUUUUAGAGGAGGAUCCGAGUGCAACUGCCAUGUUUGUAUAUCCAACUAAGGCUCUGGCCCAAGAUCAGAGAACUGCGUUAGAACAGUUGCUGUGGUCCUGUCCCGAACUGCGGCAUGUCAAUGUGGCAACCUAUGAUGGAGAUACUCCCCAAGAACGCAGAGCAGCAAUCAGAGAAGGUGCCUCCAUCAUCUUCACUAACUUCGAUACAAUCCAUGCGUCAAUUCUACCACACGAGGAGCUAUGGAGGAGGCUAUGUAGCAGCUUCUUGCAAAAUCUGAAGAUUCUCGCUGUCGAUGAACUUCACUACUACUCAGACCUCAUGGGCAGCCACGUUGCACAAGUGAUUAGACGGUUCCGCCGCGUCUGUGCAGCCGUUGGAAAUCGUGAGACUGUCUUCGUUUCCUGCAGUGCAACCAUUACCAAGCCUGCACAGCACAUGCAGCGGCUUUUUGGCGUUAAGGAGGUCGAGGAGAUUACCGAUGAUGGGGCGCCUUCCGGAUGCAAAGACUACCUUGUUUGGGUACCACCAUAUGUUGACGAACGUGCCCCGAAGCUUGGUCAUCAUAGUGCAAUGUCUGAAGCAACGAGACUCAUGAGGUUUCUGAUGAAGAGAGGCAUCAGAGUUAUACUAUUUUGCAAGGCAAUGAAGGCUCUCCGCACAGAUCUGAGUGCCGAAGGUCGACUGGACAUCCUCGCUAAGGUUAUGCCAUAUCGUGGAGGUGAGCGCAUUGAGCACGAGGCGUUCUCCGGAAACUUACUUGGGAUAGUUGCUACUAACGCUCUUGAGUUGGGUAUAGAUAUUGGCGUUUUGGACGCAGUAAUUAUGCUCGGUUUUCCUUUUGGUUUAGCGAAUUUCCGCCAACAAGCAGGACGGGCGGGACGGCGUGCCCGUGACUCUAUGGCCGUUUUAGUUGCAGACAUGUCCCCAUUGGACCAACAAUACGUGAAAAAUCCUGACGCGCUGUACAACAACCCGAUUGACGAUCUUGUAAUUCACUUGGACAGCAAAGAAAUAGUUGAAGCACACAUUCAAUGUGCGGCUCACGAGUUGCCCGUCUCUAAGGAUGAUGUCGUCUUCUUUGGCCCCCUAUUAUCUGAGAUAUGUGACAAGAAGUUGAUCCGGGACGAAGAUGGCUGGUAUCACACACAUCCAAAGUAUUUGCCGUAUCCCCAGAAACAUGUGGCUAUUCGGGGUGCGGAGGAAGUGAAAUACAUUGUAGUAGACGUAACGAAAGUCCAGGAAGGCGGCCAAAGCGCUAAGAUUUUGGAGGAACUUGAGCUUUCGCGCGCACUAUUCGAGGUUUACGAAGGUGGUGUGUUCAUGCAUCAGGGCCUCGCCUUCAUUGUCAAGGAAGUCAGCCACGAUGCCGGGAUGGCGCAAGUGCUAAGGGCGGACGUUAACUGGAUUACUUCGCCCAGGGAUAUAGAUGCCAAACAGACGUACCGGAUCAAGGAGAUACCGGACUCCCCCCACAGGCUAUUUUUCGGAAGAGUAGAAAUCGUCACAGUCGUAUACGGUCUGAAUAAAUGCAUUCUCGACGUCGUCGACGUCGAUACCCCACCUUGGGAGAGACAAGGAACUGGGUUAUGGCUUGACGUUCCCGGAAAUAUUCUAGACUUGUUGCGUUCCAAGGCAAUCUCGCCUGCUGCAGCUAUCCAUUCUGCUUGUCAUGCUUGGAUGAAUGGCUUUGCACUGGGUGCUUGCCUCAAGACAGAAUGUAAAGCCGCCGAGAAGGAGCUGAAAGCUGCUGAGUCCCGGCGGAAAAGGCCAGCAAGGUUGAUUUUUUACGAAUCGCUGGGAAACAGUGGCAUCACGGCUCAAGCGUUCGACCAUGCCUCGGAAAUUCUGAAAAAGGCCCAGAGUGCAGUUGAAACUUGUCCAUGCGAAGAGGGUUGCGCGAACUGUAUAUUAAGCCCAACUUGCCGCGAGCACAACACGAUUUCAUCCAAGAUAGGAGCCUUGGUAAUCCUACGCGGGCUACUCAACCUCGAGAUCGAUGUCGAUAGCAUCCCGAGGCAAGAAAAUGAGCUCGACGGGGCAGAUACAAUCGUGAAGGCGGACUUCGUUCGCCCGAUCGAUGGUGUGGAGGUCGAGGCUGCGUAA